AUGUCCAACUCACCAGCACCAGAUAUGAGGGACGUAUCUAUGGUUGAUGUAUCAAAUACAUCGGAUAGUAUUACGAAUGACCAGAAGCCACAAGAGGUCGAAAAUGAACCGCCAGCUAGAAGAAAAUCUACGAUGAUUUUGACAGAAGAGAACGAAGCACAGGCUGAUAGGGACCAGGGGGUCAAGGCCGAGAAUAAUGAUAACGAUCAAAUGCAUAUUGACCAGGCCGAAACUGGAGAAGCGCAAAAUGCACCUGCGGGGCCGCAGGAAUCGAUGCCAGAUCCUAAUGUGACGGUGCCAAUUGACAUUAAAUGGACCCAAGGGGGGGAAAAGGUGUACAUUACAGGAUCGUUCACAGGAUGGAGAAAAAUGAUUGGGUUGGCCAAGCAAACAGAUAAUAGCUUUUUGAUUACUUUGGGAUUACCUAUUGGAACUCACAGAUUCAGAUUUGUUAUUGACAAUGAGUUGAGGUUUUCUGAUUUUUUGCCUACGGCGACGGAUCAAAUGGGGAACUUUGUAAACUACGUUGAAGUGACUCCAGAGCAUGUUAAUAUGCAUAUGGAAAAGGAACAGCAAAAGCAAUUAGAAGAACAAGAAUUGCAACAGCAACAACAAGCAGGUCGUAAGUCAUCCGUAUCAUCGACCCGUAGUAGAUCGGACUCCAUGUGGGGCUUAACUAAUGACGAUGAUGAUAUGGGUAAUGGUUAUUCUAGAUAUCAUGAUGGUGACACAGGUUCUGGAAAAAGUGACUACGCGUUUAUCUCUGACAUUCCCCCAAUUUUCACAGACCCUAAAGUUAUGGAGCAAUAUUAUAUUGCAAUUGACAAACAAGCAAAGAAUCAAAAUGGUCAACAACAAGCAUGGUUACAUCCUCCACAAUUACCACCCCAUUUGGAAAAUGUUAUUUUAAAUAACUUCAAUUCGAUGGAUAGAGAUAAUAAUUCAGGGGCCUUACCAAUUCCCAAUCAUGUUGUUUUGAACCACUUGGCAACCACUAGCAUUAAACAUAACACAUUAGCCGUCGCCUCCAUUGUCAGAUAUAAGAGAAAGUAUGUCACUCAAGUUUUGUAUGCACCUUUACAACAAUAA